AUGAUGUUGACGAUCCUAUUCACUACUGGCACAACAAACGACAACUCAGAGACAAGGGGGCUUUUAUGGGCAGGUAUAAGCAGGGCGUUCUGUGGGCCUCGGCCGCAGCCCGACUACGGGCUGGGAUUUAAGCGGGAGGCCUUCACACACCCACAAUUGCAGAAGCUGGAGCCGUUCAUUGGAAACGUGCUGCGCGACUGCUCCUAUUUUGCCGCCACGUACGACAUGUUCCUCCCGUUCUUGACCAGUGAGGUCAAGUGCGGAGCAGGCGCUCUCGACGUCGCCGACCGCCAGAACGCACACAGCCAGGUCGUUGCGCUCCGUGGGCUGGUGGAGCUCUUCCGACUUGUCGGUCGAGAGACGGAACUGCAUCGCCAGAUCAACGGGUUUUCCGUCUCUCACAGCGACGAGUAUGUCAGGAUUUGGGGCCACUAUGCCGUGAUCGACGGGCAAGACGUCUCUUAUUUUCGACACCCGAUUGCCAAGUUUGACAUCUCGCCGACGGCCGAGGGCGACCAGCGGUGGAAGGCAUACUCGUUUGUUCGGAACGUCCAGGACCUGUGGGUUCCCGACCACUUCACGAAGAUCUGUUCUGUCAUCGAUGCCUUGCCGACAGAGCUGAGUUUCGACGACGAUUUCGGUCCCUCCGAGGGAUCGGCCUCGCGGUCUGGAUUGUCGCAGGAACUUGACUGUUCCAGCCUUGUUGACGAACAAGCUACAAUUUUGGCACAAGGAGGGCUGUAUGCCCACCCGGUCUCUCCCAAUACGACGAUGCAAUCUACGUCGACAACCGACCCCAUGAAGAGGAGGAGGAACCAAUAG